UGAAAUUGUUGUCAAAGAUCAGAUCUUUAACAACAAAUCGACCAAGAUUGACCAAGUGAAUAAUUGUAAUUUAUUAUAACUCGACACUAUACCUACUACCUUUAAAAAUAUUGGUUUAAUAGUAACCUUUUUAUAGGUUGUAACAAUUCAGAAAAUUCAAAGAGAAAUCUUGUGAAUUGUCAAAAAGUAAUAAGGUUUUUCAAGUAGUACAAUACUGAGAAAGCUCUUUAAUUAAACUACUUUUAUCCGAAGUGGUGUUAAUUAUCACAUGCCAUCAAUUAGAACUGUAUCCCAAUCAACACUAUGCUGUUGAUCAGCUGUGGAUCAUGUUUCUUCGACAGACAUGGACCAUAAAUAAUAUGGUGCACAAAGUAUUCGUAUAUGGUACUUUAAAAAGAAAUGAACCGAAUCACGGCACCAUGACCAACCCAGAGAACGGGGUAGCGACUUUUAUAGCUGAAGGAAUGACAAAAGAAAAGUAUCCGUUGAUCAUAGCAACAAAAUACAAUGUACCAUUUCUAUUGCAUAGUCCCGGAACUGGAUAUAAUGUGAAAGGUGAAAUAUAUGAAGUCGACGAUAAAAUGUUGUCGAACCUUGAUAUUUUGGAAGAUCACCCUAAUUGUUACAUCAGAGAUAAGAAUGACAUAGUCCUUACGGAUUCUACCCAUAGAACUGUAAUGAAAUGCUGGGUGUAUUUCCUAAAAAUGUUUAAACCGGAAUUACUAUCGAAGCCUUUUCUGGAGGACUACAAGUCUGAAGGCGACCACGGGCUGCGCUAUUGCGAAAGGUGUAAAAGAGAUGUUAAUUUUAAAUUAAAAUUAGCGGUCAGAAACGAUUGUGCCUAUUUGUGAUUAAGUUGACUGCGAAUGUCGACAAUUCAAUGUUUCAUGUCAGGACGAAUAUUGUACUGAUGAGGAUAUGAACGAAAUAAUUGAAAACGUAAAUUGAAUUAAAUUUACUCUAUAUAUUCUGGCUUAAUAUACAAAAAUAAAAUCGA